AUGCUGGUGUAUGUUGUGUUGUCAACCACACCAGUUACCGCCGCCCAGCCACACCAGCUGUACCGCCGCUCCAGCCACAAUUCAGCCGUACCGCCGCCCAGCCACAGCCGUACCGCCGCCCAGCCAGCCACCAGCCGUACCGCCGCUCCAGCCACACCAGCUGCAGGCCGCCGCCCAGGCCACACCCAGCUGUACCGCCGCUCCAGCUACGCCAGCCGUACCGCUGCCCAGCCACGUCUGCAUGUACCGCCGCUCCAGUUACCACCAGCCGUACCGCCGCCCAGCCACACCAGCUGCACCGCCGCUCCAGCCACACCAGCUGCACCGCCGCUCCAGCCACACUCAGCUGUAACGCUGCUCCAGCCACACCCAGCCGUACCGCCGUCGAAGCCACACCAGCCGUACCGCCGCUCCAGCCACACCAGCU